AUGCCAGAACGGCUAGCGGAAAUGCUCUUGGAUCUCUGGACUCCAUUAAUAAUAUUAUGGAUUACUCUUCCCCCUUGCAUUUACACGGCUCCGAUGAAUCAGUCUCAAGUUGUAAUGAGUGGAUCCCCUUUGGAACUAAGUAGGCUGAGUGAACAGCGGAUUUUGAACCGCUCCAAAAGAGGCUGGGUUUGGAAUCAAAUGUUUGUCCUGGAAGAGUUUUCUGGACCUGAACCGAUUCUUGUUGGCCGGCUACACACAGACCUGGAUCCUGGAAGCAAAAAAAUCAAGUAUAUCCUGUCAGGUGAUGGAGCUGGGACAAUAUUUCAAAUAAAUGAUAUAACAGGAGAUAUCCAUGCUAUAAAAAGACUUGACCGUGAGGAAAAGGCAGAAUAUACUCUAACAGCUCAGGCAGUGGACUGGGAGACAAACAAGCCUCUGGAACCUCCUUCUGAAUUUAUUAUUAAAGUUCAAGACAUCAACGACAAUGCGCCAGAGUUUCUUAAUGGACCCUAUCAUGCUACAGUGCCAGAGAUGUCCAUUUUGGGUACGUCUGUCACUAAUGUAACAGCUACUGAUGCUGAUGACCCAGUUUAUGGAAACAGUGCAAAGUUGGUUUAUAGUAUCUUGGAAGGGCAGCCUUAUUUUUCCAUUGAGCCUGAGACAGCAAUUAUAAAAACUGCCCUUCCCAACAUGGACAGAGAAGCCAAGGAGGAAUACCUGGUUGUUAUUCAAGCCAAAGAUAUGGGUGGACACUCUGGUGGCCUGUCUGGGACCACAACACUUACAGUGACCCUUACCGACGUAAAUGACAAUCCUCCGAAAUUUGCCCAAAGUCUCUAUCACUUCUCAGUACCAGAAGAUGUGGUUCUUGGCACUGCGAUAGGAAGGGUAAAGGCCAAUGAUCAAGAUAUUGGUGAAAAUGCACAGUCAUCCUACGACAUCAUUGAUGGAGAUGGAACAGCGCUCUUUGAAAUCACUUCUGAUGCGCAGGCCCAGGAUGGCAUUAUAAGGCUAAGAAAGCCUCUGGACUUUGAGACCAAAAAAUCCUAUACGCUGAAGGUAGAGGCAGCCAAUGUCCAUAUUGACCCACGUUUCAGCGGCAGGGGGCCCUUUAAAGACACGGCGACAGUCAAAAUUGUUGUUGAGGAUGCUGACGAGCCUCCUGUCUUCUCUUCACCUACUUACCUCCUCGAAGUUCAUGAAAAUGCUGCUCUAAACUCCGUGAUUGGGCAAGUGACUGCUCGUGACCCUGAUAUCACCUCUAGUCCUAUAAGGUUUUCCAUCGACCGGCACACUGACCUGGAGAGACAAUUCAACAUUAAUGCGGAUGAUGGAAAAAUAACGCUGGCAACACCACUUGACAGAGAAUUAAGUGUAUGGCACAACAUAACAAUCAUUGCUACCGAAAUUAGGAACCACAGUCAGAUAUCACGAGUGCCUGUUGCUAUUAAAGUGCUGGAUGUCAAUGACAACGCCCCUGAAUUCGCAUCCGAAUAUGAGGCAUUUUUAUGUGAAAAUGGAAAACCCGGCCAAAGUUUUCUCUCUGGCAAACACGUAAUAAAAUUAGAAAUGAUAGAAUUGCAAGAACAUACCUCAAAUCCUCUGGGCAGAAAGGAGGCUGAAGAGCUGAAGGGAAAUGAAGCUAUCUUACUGAAAAGACCUCUUAAUAUAGGACCUGUUCCACCAGAGACAGGAAACAUCUAUCAAGAGCUGAAAAGGAGUCAGCUGGGGAUAAACCAGGUUCUCUCUGAAGAGAAUGGUAAUCUGGCUGGACGGGUGGAGGAACAGGUCAUUCAAACAGUGAGUGCCAUGGACAAAGAUGAUCCCAAAAAUGGACAUUAUUUCUUAUACAGUCUUCUUCCAGAAAUGGUCAACAAUCCGAAUUUUACCAUCAAGAAAAAUGAAGAUAAUUCCCUCAGCAUUUUGGCAAAGCAUAACGGAUUCAACCGCCAGAAGCAAGAAGUCUAUCUUUUACCAAUCAUAAUCAGUGAUAGUGGGAAUCCUCCUCUGAGCAGCACCAGCACCCUGACCAUCCGGGUCUGUGGCUGUAGCAGUGAUGGUGUUGUCCAGUCUUGUAAUGUUGAAGCUUAUGUCCUUCCGAUUGGACUCAGUAUGGGCGCCUUAAUUGCUAUAUUAGCAUGCAUCAUUUUGCUGCUAGUAAUUGUGGUGCUGUUUGUAACUCUGCGGCGACAUAAAAACGAGCCGUUAAUUAUUAAAGAUGAUGAAGACGUACGAGAAAACAUCAUUCGCUAUGAUGAUGAGGGAGGAGGAGAGGAAGAUACAGAGGCUUUUGAUAUUGCAACUUUACAAAACCCAGAUGGAAUUAAUGGAUUUUUACCUCGUAAGGAUAUUAAACCAGAUUUGCAGUUCAUGCCAAGGCAAGGGCUUGCUCCUGUUCCGAAUGGUGUUGAUGUUGAUGAAUUCAUAAAUGUGCGGCUACACGAGGCAGAUAAUGACCCAACUGCCCCGCCAUAUGACUCCAUUCAGAUUUAUGGCUAUGAAGGCCGAGGGUCUGUGGCUGGGUCCCUCAGCUCCCUGGAGUCCAGCACCUCAGACUCAGACCAGAAUUUUGACUACCUCAGUGACUGGGGUCCCCGCUUUAAGAGACUGGGAGAACUCUACUCUGUUGGUGAAAGUGACAAAGAAACUUGA